UUUUGGAGCUGUAACUGAGGUUAAACUGUUACUGGUAACAGCACAUGGUUGUGGGGGAUGAAAACAUACAGAGAUAAUAACCAUUUUUAUUGUGAUAGUUAAAACAUUGUGACUAUUUAUUGACAACAUCGUGGAAAACUGGUUCUUCAUCGAUGCUUCGGAUAUUAAGGGCCUCCCGGAUCAAUAAUAUUCUUCCUUCCUGUGUAAAAGUUCUCACGAUGUCAACCCAAGUAGAGCUGAGUGGAGUUCCCAGUGAAGAUGUACAGGACAGUAACAAGAGACCCCUCGAGGAGCAGAUCGAUAAUUCAGAAACAAAGAAGACGAAGUUUGAGAGGAUAAAGAAGAAGAAUUUCGCCUUCAUGCUUGGCUACCUGGGUAAAGACUACUAUGGCAUGCAGAGGAAUCCCAACAUGAGGACCAUCGAGGAGGAUUUAAUCACAGCCAUGUUAAAGGCUAAAUUGAUUGAUGAGGAGGCCUUUGAGACGAUUCAGUACACUAAUUUCCAGAGGGCUGCGAGGACGGACAAGGGGGUGUCUGCCACGAGACAAAUCUGUUCUGCGAAACUUCCGGACUUUGCAAAUAUUGACGACAUAAAUAAAUUCCUCCCGAAGGAGAUCCGUGUGUUUGGGAUAAAGCGAGUAACGAAAGGAUUCAACAGUAAAUCCCAGUGCAACGCGAGAACUUACACUUACACCCUUCCAGCCUUUGCAUUUGCACCUGACGACCCAACCCUCGUGGAGAGAGUUCCCCUGACAGAGGAGGAGAUAGCCAAGCGCGUCGAGGAGCUCAAAACAAUCGAGGGCAAGCCCUACACGGAGUACAGAAUGAGCCCUGAAUUGCGAGAGAGGGUGAAUUCAGUAUUAAAGUUGUACGAGGGGACCCACAAUUUCCACAACUUUACGUCCAAAGUGAGACCCUUCGAUCCUAGAGCCAACCGGUACAUGAUGAAGUGCCAGAUCCUGGAGACGCAUCUCUCCAAGGAGAACGUUGAAUUCGUAACUCUUCAAAUCAAGGGACAGAGCUUCAUGCUUCAUCAGAUCAGGAAAAUGAUAGCACUAGCUAUUGCCGUUGUUAGGAACCUUGUGGGUGAGGAGGUGAUUGAGGAGAGCUUCAAAUCGGAUAAGUGGGACAUACCCAUUGCUCCAGGACUCGGAUUGGUCCUCAAUCAUGUGCACUAUGACAAUUACAACAAGCGAUACGGAGCUGAUGGAAUUCACGAGCAGUUGGAGUGGAGUGACUGCGAAGCAGUUGUCCAGAAAUUCCACAGCGAGUUCAUUCUUCCCCAUAUCGAGGAAACAGAAGCGAAUGAACAAUCGAUGUUGCUAUGGCUGGGUGAUUUGGCAAUGCACAACAUGGGCCCACAAGAUGAGGAGAAUAAUAAGCAGAAAGACGAGGAUGAGGACGUGGAUAUCAACGAAUAAAUUUAUCCAUUUGAUUGAUCCGGAGAAGUUUUAUAAUGUGGGAUAAUAAAUAGAGAAUAUCCUUCGAAGAAUUUCAUAUUUUAUUACAGAACAA